AUGUACCUGGUCCGUAUUUUAUCUGCUGCGCGUUAUUUCGUUUUGGCUUUAUUUUUUCAACAAGCUUUUACAUCAGCUCUAUCUACGAAACAGCAAUCUUUGGAAGAACUCAAUCCAACUUUUCGAACUUCCAAGAAUAUACUAUUUGCUUGUACAGUGGGUGGAUCAACACAUGCAAACUGGGUAUUAGCUAUUCUGAAUGAAUUGGAAACAAGAGGACACAACGUGACUUUUGCAACAAGGGAUGAUCACUCUCGAUUUGGGAAAAAGUAUGGUAUUGACACUAUUUCGGUUGGUCCACCUACUGUACCAAAACAACAUAUCAUUUUUGAAGACAACAAGCAUCUUGAUCCUAAUACUGUUAUGGGUACUUUGAUUGGUCACAUUGCAGAUGCCUACUCCUCAGAAUACAAUGCUUUCAAGGAAUUGAUCAAGACAAGGCAAAUUAAUUUGGUUAUCUGUGAUCACUUUGUGGAUUCUUGUAUUGAAGCUGCUCGGUUCCAUAAUUUGCCGUUUGUUAUUACAUCCACUUUGGCUAUCGCUCCAGAUGCACGUGCAAGUUUUAUUGGUAGUGGCAUUAGUCUUUAUGGUGUCCACAAUAAUCAACUUAGUUUGUUCGAACGUAUUCAUCACAACUACCUCUUUACAGCGAGCUUUUUGUGGCGCAAUUUCAAUACAUUGAUGAAUGUUGCAAAGAUCAAAAAGGAUCUUGGAAUAGUAGCAUCAGCAGAUACGAUGGCAUCUUGGAGAAAUUCGCUCAAACUAGUAAACACAGCAUUUGGAUUAGAAAACGCUCGCCCUUUAGGACCACUUGUGGAAUUCAUUGGACCGAUUUUACCGCAACAUUAUCAAAGUCUUAAGAACACGCCUUAUGAAACAUUUUUGGAUCGACAUAAUCGUGUGAUCUAUGUGGCCUUUGGACAAAAUGCUAUUCCUUCUCUUUUGGAUCGACAAUUGAUAUGGUCUUCUCUACUCUCUUUGUUGGAUGUUGGUGAUAUCGAUGGUGUAAUAUGGGCCGAUGGAUUCGCAGAUAAAGUAUCGCAACAUAGCAAAUAUAUCACACUUCAACAAAAGGAAUAUACAUUACUGGAUAUUAAGUCUCGUUCGGAUGUGUUCAUAUCGUCUUGGGCCCCACAAAUGGCAAUUCUUCAACAUUCUUCUACAGCGGUUUUUUUAACUCAUGGUGGAGCUGGUUCUUUAUACGAAUCCCUUUAUGCCGCUGUACCAAUGGCUGUGUUUCCUUUUGUAGGAGAUCAAUUAGGUGCAGCUCGGAAUAUGGAAGAUCAAGGAUUAGGAGUGCGUCUAGAUCGUGAUGAUACAGUGUCAAAUACCGCGGCAUUAUUGAGAACAUUAGUUGACAAUACACAAGACAAUAGUAACUUGGGUUAUAAAAUCCGUAACAACGUCAAACGCUACAGUGCUCUGAUUCAAAUACACUCACAACAUGCUGUGCAACGUGGUGCUGAUUUGAUCGAAGAGGUGGUAUUUGCUGGAGUAUCCCAUCGGUUUGAAGCAUCAAGGAACAUGACUUUCUUUAAGGUCUAUAAUCUGGAUAUCUAUCUUUUGUUUGCGUCAAUAGUCAUGGUGUGUCUAUGGAUAGGACGAUGGAUCAUUCAACAAUUAUACCGCAGAAUGGUACAACGGUCAGCUGGAGGCAAUAUCAAAUCAAAAUUACAAUAGUUUGAAGCAUUCUCUCUUGGUGAAGAUGAUGAUGAUGUAUUUAGCUUUGUAUCACUUUAUUUGUUUAUAUAGAUAGAUCCAUAGAUUUUAAUAAUACUACAACUAUUCAAAUCAAUAAAGUCAUAUCCAUGUUUAUUUUCCUACUAUUACUGUAUUACUAUCAUAUCUACAU